AGAAAAGCCGGAUUUUAUGCACAGCCAACCAAUCAUAAAAGCCUGAAUAAAAAUUAUUUUGGUAAUAUCAUCUGGCAAAAGCCCUUCGCUUAUCUCUUCUCCAUUGGGUAAAAAGCCUACUAAAAUAACCCUUCAUGGACCCAACCACUAUAUCAACUACGGCUACACCAACAACAGCGACACCUGCAAGUCAACUGCAAUUACUAGAAAUACCUCAGUUCGUUGUCAUUCAUGACCAAGUCAAUAACACUUACAAACACCCUGUGGUGCAUUAUGCUUUUGAAGAUGAAGAGUUUCCAAUAGUACCAAAAGACAAACUCAUUCUAGUUGAUUUGGAUUCAACAGCAACACACUUAAAGAGUGUUAAUAGUUAUAGCCCGCAUUUUCAAGUGACAGAAUGUAUAGUAGAACAAGGGCAAAUGAGUGACCAAUUUGACCAUGACGUACCACUUGUGAAUUUAACAAUUGAAGGAACUGCUGCACCAAGGAUAAGAAGGAAACCAACCUAUUCGAAAUAUGGAUCAUUUGAAAGAAGUUCUUUUCAAUUUCAGGAAUAGGUAAAGAAGAGAGCUCCAGUUGUAAGAGCCGCUUAGUAACAUCCUAUUACUUUAGGAACGAAAUUCUAAAGGAGAUAUUACAGCAACCUGCUGAAGCACUCAUACCUAGGAGCGAAUGACCCAUUGGUUUGAAGUACUAUCAAACCUCUCCUUCCUCUUACCCCCUAUUUUUGCAUAAAAGGACCUCAAAAAAGCUCAUUUUGCAUCGAGAGCAUGACUGCUUUGUGGCUGUCG